AUGAAGAGCCAUCUGGUUUUGGACUGGAAGUGUAUAAAAGCUGUUCUGUGUCGAGACAAGACCACCACUCUCACUAUGAAGACUUUGUUGGUACUACUUGCGCUCUCCUUUGUUGCCACAUGUUGGUCGCGACCCCCUCAGGGGGAAGGCGAGGGCCCACCUCCACCAACUGGCUGUCCUCCCCCUCCUGAGGGUAUGGGAGAAUCCCGACCACGCAGGCAAGCACAACAACAAGGCCCCGAAGGUCAGAAAGGCGAAGGCUCCGAAGGCCCCGAAGGUCAGGGAGGUGAAGGCUCCGAAGGUCCCGAAGGUCAGAGAGGUGAAGGCUCCGAAGGUCCCGAAGGUCAGAGAGGUGAAGGCUCCGAAGGCCCCGAAGGUCAGAGAGGUGAAGGUUCUGAAGGCCCCGAAGGUCAGAGAGGUGAAGGUUCUGAAGGCCCCGAAGGUCAGAGAGGUGAAGGCUCCGAAGGCCCCGAAGGUCAGAGAGGUGAAGGCUCCGAAGGUCCCGAAGGUCAGAGAGGCGAAGGCUCCGAAGGCCCCGAAGGUCAGAGAGGCGAAGGCCCCGAAGGUCAGAGAGGCGAAGGCUCCGAAGGUCAGAGGAGUGAAGGCUCCGAAGGUCAGAAAGGCGAAGGUUCCGAAGGUCAGAAAGGUGAAAGAUCCGAAGGUCAGAGAGGCGAAGGCGGCAAAGGCCCCGAAGGGCAAAAGGAACAAGGAUCUGAUGGUUCCGAAGAAAGGCCGGGAAGACCACCUCAACGAAGACGAUGAUUCCUGUGAAAGAAAUAAAACAUAUAUAUACUGAA